UGCCCGUAAACAUCCGGGCAUUUCAUGUUAUUUCAAAAAGACAAUGAUUUCUCCAAACCGGAGACACUGAUGGUCCACUGACGGAGGAAAUUGUAAUUCGAGACCAUCAGCGAUUGUCACGGGAAUUAACAUAACAGAAAGAGGACAUAUUGGUGUAGACAUUCAGUCAUAUUCACGUUUAUUUGUUUUAUACUAACAUUUUAGAGCGGAUACAACCAGGCCGUAAAUAUGGGAUGUGCUGUUUCGGCCGAUGACAAAGCGGCAGUGGAGAGAUCGAAACAAAUUGACAGAACUCUUCGACAAGAUCGAGAGAAGGCUGCAAGAGAGGUCAAACUACUUUUGUUAGGUGCUGGAGAGUCGGGCAAGAGUACUAUUGUAAAACAGAUGAAAAUUAUCCAUGAGAAAGGAUACUCACAAGAAGAAUGUCUACAAUACAAGCCGGUGGUGUACAGCAAUGCUAUCCAGUCUAUGAUUGCUAUUAUCCGGGCCAUGGGACAGCUCAAGGUUGAAUUUGGCCACCCAGACAGAGCGGAGGAUGCCCGGCAGCUGUUUGCUCUGACAAACAACACUGAUGAGGGAGAGCUCUCCUCUGAACUGGCGGCCAUCAUGAAACGACUGUGGAAGGAUUCGGGAAUGCAGGAGUGCUUCGGGCGCUCACGGGAGUACCAACUCAACGACUCUGCAGAAUAUUACCUGAGUUCCCUAGACAGAGUAUCACAAUCCAGUUACAUUCCCACGGAACAAGAUGUGCUCAGAACGCGAGUGAAAACAACGGGCAUUGUCGAAACACAUUUUACAUUUAAAGAUCUUCAUUUCAAAAUGUUUGAUGUGGGAGGUCAAAGGUCAGAAAGGAAAAAGUGGAUCCAUUGUUUUGAGGGCGUGACAGCCAUUAUCUUCAUUGUUGCCAUGAGCGAGUAUGAUCUCACACUGGUGGAGGACCAGGAAAUGAACCGAAUGAUGGAGAGCAUGAAGCUCUUUGAUUCUAUCUGUAACAAUAAGUGGUUUACUGAUACCUCCAUUAUCCUCUUCCUAAAUAAGAAAGAUCUAUUUGAGGAGAAAAUAAAGAAAUCGGCCCUCACCAUCUGUUUCCCAGAGUUUUCAGGUGAAAACAACUAUGAGCAAGCAGCAACUUACAUACAGGUGCAGUUUGAGAAUCUGAACAAGCGUAAGGAAACGAAGGAGAUAUACACCCACUUUACAUGUGCCACGGACACCAAUAACGUCCAGUUUGUAUUUGACGCGGUCACAGACGUCAUCAUCAAGAACAAUCUCAAAGACUGUGGUCUGUUUUAAAGAAAGUUUUGUGAGACCAGGACAAGUAUCUGUCGUUCAAACAUGCCUGGGGCCAGCUGAGAUGUCUGGAUUCUGAACUAGUCACAACAGUCUUGUUCAGACCGAACGGUAAUCCUCAUCAACCACGCUUCUGCAGAUGUGCAUAACAGAGGCUACAGCGACCUACUUACAUGUGAUGGAUUCUGUGACCUAUUUUUAUAUAUAAGUGUGAAAACAGACUUAUUUCACGUAGCGUGAAGACGGUGACUUAUGUCGUGGUAUGUGCUGCUCUAGGAACUGUGGAUACCUUUUUCACAAAGCUGGGGUGAGAUUCGCACCUAAAGGCAUAACACGGACAUUACUUGUCCCUGUAACUUUGUGGCUGUACGUACAGUCAUUGUAAAAAAGUCCUGUUAUAUUGAUGAAAUAAACAACACCAUGCAUUUGAGCGUACAUACAGUUCAGCACCAAAGACUCCCUGAAGAGGCUUAUGUUGCGUGGGUUUUUAAUAUCACUUCUGUAUAAAAACUAGGUACCAUUCUAUCUUUAGAAAACAUUUAAUAUGAGUAUAGAGCUUUAUGCAUACAAAAUUUACAGAAAUAAUUUUUAAAUAAAUCAAAUUAGAAACUGCUGAUUAUUUUCUAUUGAAAACAAUGAUCUGAUUUUAUAGUGUAAAAUAUUUUGUGAAAAGAGUACUCCUGAUCAAAAUAGGACGGUAAUAUUUGUAGCUGUUCACGCUGACUAUAGAUGCUCAACAUUAAAAUGCAUUCCAAAUAUAUACAAAUGUAUAAGGCACUCAGUUCAACGUGUCAACUCCAAUUUUCUCCUGUCUGUAAUUACUGAAUUGUGAAGUGAUAUUUGUAUUGACAAGGUAGGUGCAAGUCAACAACAGAUGUGCAAGGUUAUUAGUAGACAUUGAGAAAAGGGCAUACUUGUACUUUCUGUGUGUAAUUACAUAAAACUAGCUUUCAAGUAUUGGCAUUAACUAGUAUAAUAGUUCAUCACUCAUCGUGUCAUGUGGUCCAAAUCGUCAUUAGUUCAGGAAACUUGCACACCUAAUGGAUUUUGUUCCGAGUUGGUACAUUGGUAUUAAUACGAUCUUGUAUGUCAGUCUAUUUACACUGGGUGCUGUUGUUCAAUAUUGUUUUGAUAUUUUAUAACAUAGGUCAUAGUAUUUUAAGCUGCUGUGACAGGUAAAAGACAUGUGUAUUAAGGUCCUAACCUCAAGUCCCUCUUGUUUACUAUUUUAAACAUUGAUAAACAUAUUCACUUUUUAUGUAUGUUCAACUUUAUUAAAUUAAAGAACAAAACUUUUUUUUUUUAAUAUUUACAUUUGACUGAAUAGAAUGUCAUCAAAAUCGUCAGAAAUCACCUGCCACUUAACAUGAACCAGUACAGCAUCAGGUCGCUGGUGAUUGUGUUCAAUAAAAUCCUGCUCAAGGUCACAGACACAGACUUUUAGAACUUAUUCUGGACCAAUCACAGACCGUCAAGGGUUUUUGAUAUUGAAAUGUUAAAAGUAUAUUAUUGGUUAAUUACAAAGAAUAUUACCUAUUGUGGGUGAUAAUCAAGAUGGUAUAGGUGAUCACUCACCUGUCCUGGUUGGUAAUUUACCUGCUUUAGGUGAUCACUCACCUGUCCUGGUUGGUAAUUUACCUGCUUUAGGUGAUAACUAAUCAGGCGUAGGUAAUAAUUUACUAUUUGUGAGUGAUCAGUAGCCUAUUGUAGGUGAUAGUUUACCUGGCUGAGGUAAUAAUUUACCUGUUGUAGGUGUUAACUUACCUGUGAUAGGUAACUAAUAACCUAGUCUAGGUAACCAGUUACCUGUUGUAGGUGACCAACUUACCUGUUGUAAGUAACCAUGUGCAAUUGUAAAUACACAAUGUGAAUUGUAAACUAUUAUUUUUAAGAAUGAAUGGAGACUGUGCCUGUGAGCUGUGUUGUACUGUACAAUUAUUUAUUUAAGUGUUUGUAAAAUUUUGCUUAUUUUAUUUUUUGUCUGAUUCUUGAUCAGACAUUUGUGGAUGGUUUGAUAUUUUCACGGCAUAAGAAUGUUAUUUUGAAGACUGUUUACCUGAUUGUGAUUUGAUGUGACAUUUUGAAGGUGAAUGUAUCAAACCGAUGAUUUUUCUCCGAAUUACUUCUGACUAUUACUUCCAAAUUUGAACAUUUCCUUGAUUCAGUGAUAUCUAGGGAGUUUGUUUAGAUUCUUUGCCGACUCCCUGUGAGUCCCUAUUGUUCUAUAUUCCACGAUCAAACACCUUCAUUGUUGUCUAGCUCAACGAUCAAUUUGUGUUCUUUUAGCUGUGAGAAGGAACCAAUUUUCGUAUAUUGCUUGAUAUUAUAUAUGUAUUGUUAUUCAUCUGAACCCUGUCGUCAAAUUGAUCUAUCAUGCUUAAUCGCAAGUUUCUCAUCUGUAUUCAUUAAAUUCUGAUUAGGAUUAGGAUGCCAGUAUUAAUGUCACAUUGUAUCUACUCGUUUCAUACGAGGAAGAAAUUCUGUUGUUGAAAUUUUGAUUCAUGAACUAUUUAUCUCUGUUUAACAUCUGUUUAACGUCAAUUUAACAUCAUCAUUACAAUAAUGAAAGAAAUUUAUUACAGAAAUCAAAUGAAAAAUGAAAAUUUCACUGAUGAAACGUAUAGUUCUAUGGUACCCAUAGCUACCAAAAAACAUGCUUGUAAUGUCCUAUGGUAAUCGUCUUUUCUCAAUUCCAUUCCAAAUACAGAACUUACAGAAAUUAUGUUUUACACUGGUAAAGGGCUGAUAUGCUGAUAGUUUUAUUAGGCUCUGGCUGUUGUGCUUCAGUCCUGGUACCCUUGAUGUUCCUAAAUCACUGCUUCAGUCCUAGUACCCUUGAUGUUCCUAAAUCACUGCUCCAGCUUCACUGUGUGUAUUUCAGGGAGAAAUGCAGAAAGAUAGGGUUUAAGGUUUGGUGAGUGAAAUGUCCCUGUGAUCCUAUUUUUUCUGCACAUAUUGGUACAUGUAGUACGAAGUUCUGAGAUGAAAUUGUGACGGUGAAUCCAGUUGAGAGUGGCUUAUUGAAUGAGUCAUUUGCAACUUAGUGAUGCGCUUGAUUCUUCUUCAUACUCUGUGUCACUACUGCAUGCUACUGGUAACCCGUCAUACUACAUUAUAUCAUGAGGAAAAUAUACUGCCAAAAAGACCGGGUAUUGAUCAGGAUGCCUUGAAUUUUCGUAUUGAUGUUUAACUUUAUAACUUUCUGAAGCUGUUUCAGAUGUCUAUGGUUAGAAAUCAUGAGAAUUUUGUUCCCCCAAAUGUCGAUUUGUGAUCAUGAAAUCUUGGAUAUAAAGAUGAUGUUGAUCAUGUUAAUACAUUAAUAUCGAUUAUGGUAGAAUCUCAUCUAAUUGCACACUUUGGUUUCCGAUCUAGACUCAGGAUUAACUCAUUAAAGUAGCUCAGCUCUUGAACACAAAUGUCCUGAUUAGGGUCAACUGAAUUAUUAUUAUGGCAACCACUAAUUAUUGUAAGACCAAAAGGUGAAACAAAUUAUUUAUCUGCUUGAAUUCUUAUUUUUAAAUAUCAAAAUAUUUUGUAAACAUUUUAUGAACAAUUUUCAUUUAUACGGAUAUAUAUUUCAGCAUAAAAUUUGAAAUCAAUAUAAUAUAACUAUCAUUUAAUUUUUUGGAUUUAUAUUUACCAAUGUACAAUUUUAAAUGAUAUAUGAGUGAAUUAUUGUUUGCUGUUAUAUGUGGUUCAGGGUAAUAGUGGUUACUAGCCUUGAAUAUGUAUUUUGUCUUCGAAAAAAAUAUAAACAAUUUUUAGCGUGUAAAGAAAAAUUUCAUGAAAUCCAAGAAAAAUUUACGUCAGUUUUGUCUUGGGUACUGUGUCUGUUCUUAUCUAUCUUCCUACACUUCUAUGCUGUUACGCUACCUUGUUCCUAUGAGAAAUGCUUGUAUGUAUUGUGAAUAAAUCUUUGUAUAAUAUGGUAGGAAUAAAAGGUUCAUGUAAGCA